GUAUACUAAAUGUUCGUAAAAGGGGCGCACAUUUCGCGCAGUUUCUGAUGCUCAGCGGCUCACAUGCGCCAGUGUGCACUGCGCACAGUUCCGGCUCGCCCAUGAGGCGACACUUAUGGGUGACUGACCGCGUUAAAAACUUCGAAGCAAGCCAGUUGUCCCAAGUUUGAAAGAACACUUCCAAAAGUAAUCCAAACCUCUGAGUUCUGAGUUCGGGCCGAAAAAACGUUUUAAUACGGAUUACUAAAAUUUAUUUUAUUUUCAUCAUUCAAAAACGUUCUGCAAUUAAAAAUUAUAGCUUAAUAAUUAAUGUUCGAAUUUUUGUUAUUUUUGUUAAUUUUAAGCUGAGUGAGUGUUUUCCAUAGCUUUUCGGUUUACAGUUUAUACUGCUGUUUUGAAGCAAAUUUUGAUCGGACCCUUGUGAAACUAUGCAUUCUUGAUUUUUGGAUAUGCCUGCUAUCAAAGUCCCGCAAAUGCCUCCAAGAAGAUCUAGCACCACCGAUACAUCCUCUGGUGUCCGUCGUGAAACUUCCAGAGCUACGACUAAAACGCCAUCCGUAGAACGAUCCACACCGAAACGUCGAUCGAGCACCACAAAAAGCGACAUGACUUCUAAGAGGAAGCGUCCAUCGAAAACUGCGAAAUCGCAGACCGAUAAAGAUGCCAACAAAAACGGCACCACUGGAAAAAGCCAGGAUUCUGACACGGCGGCAUCAUCAAGCACAACUGCUGAUGAACCCAUUUAUGAAGUAGAGCAGAUUAACGGAAAGAAAACGGUGAAGGGGAAGGUCUUCUAUUUAGUGAAGUGGUUGAAUUGGCCGAAAAGCCAGUCGACAUGGGAACCUGCAGAACAUGUGGCUCAUUGCCAUGAACUGAUCCAAGAAUACGACGAAUUUCUUCAAAAUAAAAAGACCAAGCGAGCUUCAUCUGGGCGCUCCGCGAAUAAACGCUCCGAAGCAAGAAAUUCCAAUUCGCGUUCAGAUACUCCUCAUCCUGUUGCCGUUGAAAAACAACUGGAUAAUGCUGAAAAAGAAGCCGUUGACACAGCUGGAAAGCUGACUGCUUCAGAAGCUGUUUCGGAACCGUCUAACUCUACUGGAUUGGAUAAAUUGGACAUUGUACUUAUUAGCGAAGACGAAUCAGAUCAUUCGCCGCCAAACAAAAUUAAAGUUAGGAGCACUGCUCCAGUCAAGAAGGUGGAAAUAUCUUUGGUUCCACCCAAACCUGCUGAACAGGAUGUGGAGUCUGUUGAUAUAGUGGAAGAGAACUCUUCGGAAACCGGCUUGGAUUUGGCUGAUAUGGAAGAUAAACAGCCGUCGUCUCCUGCUUCGGAGGUGACAAAGGAGCCGUCUUUCGAAGAAAAAAAGGUUGAAACGGCUGACAAGGAGACGGAGAUAAAUUUUCCAGACGCGCAGCUCUCGGAGGGGCUGAUGGUUCCCAUAAUUGAUUAUGACAAAACAGCAGAUGCGAAUUUGUUACUGGAUCUGAGACGACUAGCUAUCAAGGUACAGAAACUCGUGGGCAUGUCGAAAAAGCCGGGAGAUCCUGAUUUACACGUUGUUAUCCAUUUUGAUGGAUCGCCGUCGUUUUGUCGCAGCUAUCCUCUCCGUGUUGUACGGCGGGCAAUACCGGAAAAAUUAAUCGAGUUCUACGAAAGUUCAGCCAGGAUUUUGAAUGAGUUUUAACAGUGUCAUCCGCUUAGGUUAAUGUUAGACACUACACAUUUUAGUGCUUUCAUCUGUUUUUAUGUAUGGGUUUUAGUUUUUUAGCUGCUCUCAGCGAUCUGAGUUAGGUUGUUAUGAAUGCGGUUUCGGAUUAUGCGUAACUUGAAAGCUGCAUGAAACCGCUGCUGUUAAUCGCCUUUAAAUUAUUGCAUCUUAAUCGACUAUUCCAGUUGUUUAUAUUAUUGUUGGAAGGAUAAGUUCGCAAAUUUCGCUUUCGAUGAUGUUAUCUUCAAUGUUUUCCAUUGCUGUUGUACUCAUCCGAAAAUUUUAGCGCUAACUCGUGAACUAAUUAAAACUUGCGUUGCUUG